GUCUGGUUUGAUUUGCUUCGUUUGCCUGUGGCUGAGCUUGGGAGAGCGCACCGGACGGAAAUAAAAGGAUUUGGGCGAAAUGAAAAGGCUGUGCGGAGUCCAUCACAACCAGCUCGUGCUGCUAUUGGUCGCCGCCGUGGCGACGGCCCUGGACCCCGCCCACAACCUGGCGAACGAGAGGACGUCGAUCGAGAGGACGUACGAGCUGACCAAAUACCUGGAGUACCAGCUCAAGGAAAUCAAGGACACAUAUCUGUCCUAUCUGGGCCCCCCCUUCAAUGAGAAAGACUUCUCACCCCCGCGUCCCAACACCACGGCCCUCUCCCUGCCCAGCGCUGCCACCCGCCUGGAGCUGUGGCGCGGCCUGGAGAACCGAGCCCGGCUCGCCCAAAACCAGCGGGCCUACUCCGUCCUGCUGGCGGCCGUCAGGGAGCUGGCGCGCUCCACCCUCUGCCCCUACCUCCAGACCUCCCUGCUGCACUUCUGCACCGGCCUGGACGGCCUGCUGGGCUCCAUAUCCGGGCUGAUGACCACCCUCGGUUACGCACUUCCUCCUCCCUCUGCUGUGAGCGUCGGCGGGAGCGACGGGGAGCUGCAGGAGCCUCGCAGGGACGCGGGCGGCGAUGGCGGACGCGGCGGCGGCGGCGGCAGCAGACCGGCUCCACUGAUGAGCCAGAGCCUGUACAAGGCCAGGGCCGGGACGAGGCCUGUGUCCGGGCAGCGCGACAGCCAGAGGAGAGGCGGAUCGAGGGUGGUCAGGGGAGGGAGGGAGGACGGGGUCAGGAGGGACGCGGCGGAGAAAUGGCGUGGGAAAGAAGGGAGGAGAGCGGAGGCAGGCGGCGGAUCGAAGGAGAAGGGGAAAGGAGAGAGAAGGAGGAGAGGGAAGAGAGGAGAGCCGGAGAGCGCGAGAUGGGCCACCGGAGAAGAAGAGAGAUUCGGGGAGGAGGAGGAGGAGCUGGAGAGCGAGGGAGGAGCGCAGAGAUGGGGCCGGAGGAGGCUGCUGAGUCAGCAGCAUCGCUCCCCCCGCUCGCUGCUCUCUCCCACCCUGCACCCCCCCCUCUCCACGCUCUCCCUCCUCUACCCGUUCGGAGUGGGCGAGGAGCACACCCUCCUCCCGCAGCCCGUGGAGGGCUUCUGGAUUUUGCGGGAGCUGCAGAGUUGGCUGUGGCGCUCGGCCAAGGACUUCAACCGCCUCAAGAAGAGACUCCGAGGCUGA